AUGAAGUUUUUGAAAGUAACAUCUAUUUUAUCAUCAAUUGCUUUAGUUUUAGCAAGUGGUCCAACUGAAGGAGAAGCUGAAGCUGAUCCUAACUCAGCUGUUGUUAAAUUAACUACUGAUUCAUUCAAUGAAUUUUUAAUUAAUAAUCCAUUAGUGUUAGCAGAAUUUUAUGCUCCAUGGUGUGGAUAUUGUAAGAAAUUAGCUCCUGAAUAUGUUAAGGCUGCUGAUUCUUUGAAUGAAAGUCACCCAAACAUCAAAUUGGCUCAAAUUGAUUGUACUGUUGAAGAAGAUUUAUGUAGACAAUUUGGUAUCAGAGGUUACCCAACUUUAAAAGUUUUAAGAGGUCCAGAAAACAGUGAUGAUUAUGAAGGUCCAAGAGAAGCUGAUGGUAUCAUGGAAUAUAUGAUCAAACAAACUUUACCAUCAGUUUCAGUUCCAGAAACUGUUGAAGAAUUUUUAUCAUUAAUUGAAGAACAAGCUAAACCUUUUAUUGUUCAAAUUUCUGGUAAAGGUGACGAAGAAUCUAAUUCUACUUUCACUUCAGUUGCUGACACUUUAAGAAAGGAAUUAAACUUUAUUACUGCUAAAUCAGAAGAUAUCAUCAAUUCAUUAUCAACUAAAUACUUUGAUUUCGAUGUUUCUUCAUAUUUAGAUAAAGUUGGUUACUUAGUUAUUCAUCCAAAAGAAAAUACCAUCAUUCCUUUCACUGCUGAAGUUUCAAAAGAUGCUUUAGUCAAUUUCUUCAAAACCGAAGUUGUUCCAUAUUUCGGUGAUAUCAACAGAGAUACUUACAUGAUGUACAUGGAAUCUCCUUUACCUUUAGGUUACUAUUUCUAUAAAACCGAAGAACAAAGAGAAUCUUUCGAAGAAACUUUCAACAAAUUAGGUAAAACUUUCAGAGGUAAAAUGAACUUUGUUGGUUUAGAUGCUAAUUUAUUCGGUAGACAUGCUGAAUCAUUAAAUAUGGAUCCAGAAAUUGUUCCAUUAUUUGCUAUUCAAGAUAAUGCCAGUGGUAAGAAAUAUGGUGUUGACCAAGCUGAAAACCCAGAAGGUCCAUCAAUUGAACAAGUUGAAGAAUUAGUUGAACAAUUCAUGGAAGGUUCAGCUAAACCAAUUGUUAAAUCUGAACCAAUGCCAUCAGAUGAAGAAGUUUCUUCUGCUCCAGUUUACCCAUUAGUUAGCCACAACCAUGAUGCAUUAUUAGAAGAUUUAUCAAAAGAUAUCUUUGUUGAAUAUUAUGCUCACUGGUGUGGUCACUGUAAGAAAUUAGCUCCAAUCUGGGACAACUUAGGUGGUUUAUACAAAGAACAUCCAGAAUCAAAUGUUGUUGUUGCUAAGAUUGACCAUUCAAAGAAUGAUGUUGAUACUUACGUUCAAAUUGAAGGUUACCCAACCUUAUUAUUCUACCCAGCUAAUGGAGAAGUCGAUGAAAAGACUGGUUUAAGAAUUCCUGUUCCUUAUGAAGGUCCAAGAGAAUUAGAUUCUUUCAUUGAAUUCAUUAAAAACAAAAGUAGUUUAAAUGUUGAUGGUUCAGAAUUUAAACAACCUGAAGUUGAAGAAGAAGCUGAAGUUGAACAUGACGAAUUAUAA